CAUAGGCCAUAAGCCUCUCCUUCAUCUUUCAAAAGAGUAGUGUUUAGUUAACAACAUUAUUAAGAGUUAGUUAGCAAAGAUGUUUGGCAUCUUUGACAAGAGCAAAAAGAUCAAGGGCACUUUGGUGUUGAUGCCCAAAAAUGUGUUAGACUUGAACGCCAUUGUGUCCGCCCGUCGAGGUGGUGUUCUCGGGCUUCCUAGGAGCGCACUCGGCCUCGUUAUUGACGUUGCCGGCCAAGUGGUUGAUGGCGCCACCGCCAUCCUCAGCCGUAACAUCCAUGUCCAAUUGAUCAGUGCUACCAAAACUAAUGCAAGUGGAGUUGGGUUACUUGGAGAGGAAACCUUUCUGCAGAAACAUAUUCCCUCAUUACCAACCUUGGGAGCGAGGCAGGAGGCAUACAGCGUCGAAUUUGAUUACGAUGCCAAUUUCGGAAUUCCUGGAGCAUUUUACAUCAAAAACUAUAUGCAAUGCGAGUUCUUCCUUGUCAGCUUGACCCUCGAAGACAUUCCCAAUCACGGAACCAUUCGCUUUGAUUGCAACUCAUGGGUUUACAACUUUAAAUUAUACAAUAACAGGCAUCGCAUUUUCUUUACCAAUGAUACAUAUCUCCCAGGUCAAACACCAGCAGGACUUGUUAAAUACAGAAAAGAAGAAUUGGAGAAUUUGAGAGGAGAUGGAUCAGGGGAGCGCAAAGAGCAUGAAAGGAUUUAUGACUAUGAUGUUUACAAUGAUUUGGGAAAUCCAGAUGGUGGUGCACCUCGCCCAACCCUUGGAGGGUCUGCCGAACUUCCCUAUCCUCGCAGGGUCAGAACCGGUAGAAAAUCUACCAGGACAAAUCGUGCAGCUGAGAAGCCAGCUGUGGACAUCUAUGUCCCAAGAGAUGAAAAUUUUGGUCACUUGAAGUCAUCAGAUUUUCUUACAUAUGGAAUAAAAUCUUUAUCUCAGAGCGUGUUGCCUUUGUUCAAAUCUGUGAUUUUCGAUUUGAACUUCACGCCGAAUGAGUUUGAUAGCUUCGAUGAAGUGCGUGGACUCUAUGAAGGUGGAAUUAAACUUCCUACAAAUAUAAUCAGCCAAAUCAGCCCUUUGCCUGUUCUUAAGGAAAUCUUUCGCACUGAUGGUGAAAAUGUCCUUCAAUUUCCACCACCUCAUGUAAUCCGAGUUAGCAAGUCUGCAUGGAUGACUGAUGUUGAAUUUGGAAGAGAGAUGAUUGCUGGUGUUAAUCCUAAUGUGAUUCGUUUGCUACAAGAGUUCCCACCAAAAAGCACGCUAGAUGUCAAUGGUUUUGGUGAUCAAAAUAGUACACUAACAAAAGAACACUUGGAGAUUAACCUUGGUGGGCUCACAGUAGAUGAGGCGCUUGGCGCUAAGAGAUUGUUCAUACUAGAUUACCAUGAUGCUUUCAUGCCUUAUUUGGAGAAGAUAAACAAACUUCCAUCCUCAAAGGCUUAUGCCACCAGAACAAUCCUGUUCUUGAAAGAUGAUGGGGCUUUAACCCCACUUGCCAUUGAGUUGAGUCUACCACAUCCAAAUGGAGUUAAAUAUGGUGCUGAAAGCAAAGUCGUCUUACCCGCUAAAGAAGGUGCUGAAGGAACAAUUUGGCUACUGGCCAAGGCUCAUGUUAUUGUGAAUGACUCAGGCUAUCAUCAACUCAUUACCCACUGGUUAAAUACUCAUGCAACGAUUGAGCCGUUCGCCAUAGCAACAAACAGACAUCUCAGUGCCCUUCACCCUAUUAACAAGCUCUUAUAUCCUCACUACCGUGACACAAUAAAUAUCAACGCACUUGCUAGAGCAUCCCUGAUUAAUGCAGAAGGCAUUAUCGAGCAAUCAUUUUUGCCUGGAGAGUACUCUUUGGAGAUUUCUUCUGUAGUUUACAAGAAUUGGGUUUUCCCUGACCAAGCAUUACCAGCUGAUUUAAUUAAGAGAGGAAUGGCAGUUGAGGAUCCCUCUGCCCCCCAUGGUGUUCGCCUUGUGUUAGAGGACUACCCUUAUGCUGUUGACGGACUUGAGAUAUGGGAUGCUAUUAAGAAGUGGGUUCAAGACUACGUCUCCUUAUAUUACCCAAGUGAUGAUGCAGUCCAGAAAGACACUGAACUACAAGCUUGGUGGAAGGAAGUUGUGCAAAGGGCUCAUGCUGACUUGAGCGACAAGCCAUGGUGGCCAAAGAUGCAAACUCUUGAAGAAUUGAUUCAAUCUUGCUCUAUCAUCAUAUGGAUCGCUUCGGCUCUUCAUGCAGCUGUUAAUUUCGGACAAUAUCCUUAUGGAGGUUAUAUCCUGAACCGGCCUACACUGAGCAGAAGAUGGAUCCCGGAAAAUGGAACUCCGGAAUAUGAUGAGAUGGUGAAAAAUCCUCAGAAGGCUUACUUGAGAACCAUCACACCGAAGUACCAGACUCUUGUUGAUCUUUCUGUGAUAGAGAUAUUGUCUAGGCAUGCUUCUGAUGAGAUCUAUCUUGGGGAGAGGGAGAAUCCAAAUUGGACAUCUGAUACAAGGGCAAUACAAGCCUUCAAACAGUUUGGAACCAAGCUGCAAGAAAUUGAAGGGAAUAUCAAUGCGAGGAACAAGGAUUCUUGUUUGCUAAACCGAACUGGGCCUAUUGAGCUACCCUACAGUUUGCUCCUUCGUUCUAGUGAGGAAGGGUUGACAUGUAGAGGAAUUCCCAACAGUAUCUCUAUUUGAAAGUCUAUUUGGUUUCAUUAUCUAUUGUACUAAUUCCAAUAACUGAGAGACAGCGCCUCUCUGUGUAUUAGUUAUUGUGUGUGUGUUUGUACUAAUGUAUUUCAGAACUUUCGAUUGCAUGUAAUAAAAUGCAUUUUCACUA